AUGAGGGCUAAUCGUGACAUGGAGCUGCCAGAGGACUUCUGGAUACCCAUAUCCCUGGACACCAAGAACAUCACGUCACUCAGUCCUUUCCUGGUUCCUCAGGACCAUCUGGGGAGCUCGGGCCUCUUCUACACCAUGGCAGCAUUCAUGUUCGUCCUAUUCGUGGUUGGCACUGGCAUUAACAUCCUCACCAUUGGAUGCACUAUCCAAUACAAAAAACUCCGGUCCCACCUCAACUACAUCCUGGUGAACUUGGCCAUUGCAAACCUUCUUGUGUCCUGUGUGGGCUCCUCAACUGCAUGCUACUCCUUUGGAGUCAAAUAUUUUAUAUUGGGACCACUAGGAUGCAAAGUUGAAGGUUUUCUGGCAACGCUUGGUGGUAUGGUAAGCUUGUGGUCUCUUGCUGUGAUAGCGUUUGAAAGAUGGCUGGUCAUCUGCAAGCCACUUGGUAACUUUAUUUUCAAGCCCGACCAUGCUAUAGCUUGCUGCGCAUUCACCUGGGUGUUUGCCCUGUGUGCUGCAGUUCCUCCACUGUGCGGAUGGAGCAGGUAUAUCCCGGAAGGCCUGCAGUGCUCCUGUGGUCCAGACUGGUACACCACAAACAACAAAUACAACAAUGAAUCCUACGUGAUGUUUCUCUUCUGCUUCUGCUUCGCUGUUCCCUUCUCCACCAUUGUCUUCUGCUACGGUCAGCUGCUCAUUAUGCUGAAAAUGGCAGCAAAGGCCCAGGCUGAGUCUGCCUCCACCCAGAAAGCAGAGCGGGAGGUGACGAGGAUGGUGGUCCUGAUGGUGAUGGGCUUCCUGGUGUGCUGGUUGCCUUACACCUCCUUUGCUCUUUGGAUUGUGAACAACCGCGGGCAAACAUUCGACCUGAGAAUGGCGACUAUACCUUCAUGCUUCUCAAAGGCCUCUACAGUCUACAACCCUGUUAUCUAUAUCAUCUUCAAUAAACAGUUUCGUACUUGCAUGCUGUCAAUGCUGGGGAUGGGUGGUGGAGGUGAUGAGGAAUCCUCAACAUCACAAUCAGUGACUGAAGUCUCCAAAGUUGGACCUGCUUAG